UAACUGAUUUUGUAUGGUUGAAUCUGUUGAGUUCUAUAAUUGGAAGAAAAAGAGUGGAGGCAUCAUGUAUAGGAUUAUUGUCGUUGUUGCUUCGGUAUAACAAAUACAUAUAUAUAUAAACAUCCAAGACCCGGGCCAAUCAGAAAAAGAUCAUUUUCCAUCAUGACCCGACCGGGGAUCGAACCCGGGUCCUCUCGAGUAUUUUGUAUGCUCCCGUGACUAGUGCGGUAUCAGCUGGUCCUAGUUAUCGGUCUAGUAUUUUCGAAGAUGGAAAACCAAUUUUGCGAAUGAGUGAUCCAUCAAGACAACAAGAUAUUCAAAACUUUUACAUACAGCCUAAAAAAAAUAAAAAAGCCGAUCCAGUUGUUUGGAUGGAAAGCGAAAUUGAAAAUAUUCAAAAAAACUUUGGCCAGGAGAAAUCAAAACCCUAUGUUGACAAAUUGAUUAACGAUGCAAAAAACUAUUUCCGAGUACGGAUGAAUGUUCAAGUGGUCGAUGGAAAACCGAAAAUAACUUUUGAAAAAUUCGGCGAAAAUAUUGGUGAGGCGCCUCAACCUUUAACAAGAAAUUUAGGAAAUAGUAACGUGCACUUAAGAGUUUACAGCAGAGAAGAGACUGAAGACGCGACAGUCCAACCAAAAACCGCUCCUGAUUGGCUGAAUGACUUGAAGACUUACGUCAGAUAUCUGAUCGACAGAAAUAAUAUGAAGGACAAAUUGGCGAAACAGUUGAAACCAAUCGUGAAAUCUGUUGAAAAAACUAACGGAGUUCUCAUUGACGAUGUUGACAUUGAUCAAUUUGGUGAUGUCCAAAUACGAUAUUCAUUACAAAAAGAAGAAUAAAAUAAAAUAUUUGUAAUGAUUUGAGUUUCAAA